CUUUGCAGUGUUCACAAACUUUGGAUCUUGAUACAAUCUUUCACCAGGUACAUUUUCUUGUAGUGUCAAUCAAUCCCUAACUACAUGGGCACUUUUUCUCUAUGUAUAUAUCAAGGUGUUCGAAGACCACUUUCGGCAAACCUCCCGGGACUUGAUGCUAAGAUUCACAAAACAUCAAUCAAUUUACAUCCAUAUGCCCUCUAGGUUGUUGUUUUCACAGCCUGCUAGGAAUAGGAGGGUCUGCCGCCUUGGGCAGCUUGCUCAGAUAUUCCUGAACAUCGGUCGCCACCUGCCGCGCAACACCAAAGCUGAAUGUAUAGCCGCCAGCUUCUUGUCCAUAUGCGUGGAUGACCUUUUGUCCUUGAAAGAAAUGAAAAUAAGUAGAGUAUUGGUGUACCUACAUGUAUUAGCUUCAAUGAUAACACUGCAGUAGAUUGAAUAUCUGUAAUACUAGAUCUGAGGUAUGUGAACAAAUGUGACAAGUUUAGACCAGCACCAAGAUUGGAGUGAACAAGCUGGGAUCUUCAUAUG